ACCAACAUCAACGAGAAUAUUGCCAUCAAUUGAAGGAGAGUUCCCAUCAGAUUGCAGAUCCCCCAACAGUACGUUAUCAUGCCAGCUAGAGCAUCGACACGUCAAGCGGCCGUCAAGGCCAAUAAAGCGUUUAGUCAGGGCGCUGGUGCAAAGCGCAGAGGAUCUAGUUCGAGCCAGAUACCACCAAAGAAGGGAAAGAAGGACGUCAAGCCCAAUGAGGGAAACAAUUACCAGAAGCCUUCUGUGACCGAGGAGGGACAGGAGAUUAAACCCAGCGAAGACCCCACCAAGGCACAAGCUACAGUCAACGAGCAACCUACUGAGGCUCCGUCUAAGAAAGUUGGCGAACCAGCGCAGGAGGAUGGUGUGAAGGAAGUAGAACAGAGAGAAGAGCCGGAAAAGGGUGCCAAUGGUACAGCUACAGCCGAAGAAGAGAAAAGGGAACAACCAGCAACGACAGAAUCACAGACCGGUAUCAGAGUAUCACCAGAACGAGAAGCCGCGCUUCCAUCCAGCAUCCUUGAGAAAGGAAUCAUUUAUUUCUUCUUCCGUCCUCGCGUGAAUGUGGAAGAUCCUCAUAGCCUCAGCGACGUUGCGCGCAGUUUUUUCGUUCUACGGCCAACGCCCAAAGGAGCAAGACUCGAAGAUGGACCCAUUGCAGACGAUUCGGUCAAUUGUCGACUGCUGAUGCUUCCCAAGAAGAGAUAUCCCGCUUCAGGGAGAGAGCGGGAUAUGGGUUUUGUUGAGAAAGCGCGCGUUCCAUUGAAGACAAUCCGUGAGAGUUUGAUGACGAAAGAGACUUAUGAAACAAAGACUCGCGGAGAGCGCACGACGCCAGAGGCGCGGCCGUAUGCUGAGGGUGUAUAUGCAUUGGUUAAGGAAGGCCGAAACUCUCACCUGGCCUAUAUCCUGACAAUCCCACGGCAUCUGGGCGAUGUUCAGAGCGAUUUCGGUAUUCAAGGUCGUGGUAGCUUUAUCAUGCAGUCGAAGAAUCCUGAGUACCCUGGUCCAGCUAGUGCUCAGCUGCCAAAGGGGCCCGAAUACCCAGAGAAAGUUCAAGAGAAGUUCAAAGGCUAUCGCUGGAUACCCACUGAGCCCGAAUUUCUAGAUUACCAGAAUGCUCAAUUCCUCAUGAUAGGUGAAGCUCAUGGUCAUCUUGGAAAAGCAGGGGAAGCCCAUAUCGACGACAAAGGCACGAAGGAAGAUCCUGCCCAGGAGCUUGAUCGGUUAGAGGAGGAGAAUGAAGAGAGAGUUAAUUCUCUAUCUGGUGAUCAUUCCAUCUUCCAAGAUCUAGGUGCCGAUGCGGAGAAAUAUGAGAGCUUGCCUGCAGAGUGGGAGUAAGGGCAUGAUAUCCUUGACUCCCCUAAGUUGUAAUAAUAAAAUCUGUCUUUCUGUUGUAUCAGUGGAAGAAACAAACUGUGAAUGGAACGUGCAACUUUCAAAUAUUG